UUAUCGACGAGACGCUUUAAAUUGCCCGCGUAGCCGUUAAUGAUAACAACCACAGGAUAAGGAGAGAGCGAAAGAGGAACGAACAGAAGAGCGGAGCGCUUUCUAGCAACAAUGGCGUCCGUAACUUCUCCCUUCACCACCACCAACGCCUCAUUCCUUCUCCGACCAAACUCCCAGACUCACCAGUCUUCUCAACGUUACUUUCCAGCGCCUAGAGCCUGCCUGAACGAAUCCCAGGACCACCACCGUGUCCAGCUGAACCGGCGGCAGUUCAUUUCACAAUCCGCCGCCGUCGCCGCUGCCAUAGCCUCUCCUCUUACUCUCAUCGAUCAGAGGCCGGCAGUAGCCGCCGAAGAGGCGCUUUCGCAGUGGGAAAGAGUUUACCUCCCUAUCGACCCCGGCGUCGUCCUCCUCGACAUUGCAUUUGUCCCCGAUGACCCACAACACGGGUUUGUAUUGGGAACGAGGCAGACUCUUCUGGAGACGAAAGACGGGGGAGCUACUUGGUUUCCGCGAUCCAUAGCUUCAGCCGAGGAAGAAGACUUCAAUUACAGGUUUAAUUCCAUUAGCUUCAAAGGAAAGGAAGGUUGGAUUGUCGGGAAGCCUGCGAUUUUGUUGUACACGCCUGAUGCCGGCGAAACCUGGAAGAGGAUACCGCUGAGUGCUCAGCUCCCUGGAGACAUGGUGAGUUUUGAGAUGGUGUACAUUAAGGCAACUGGAGAUCAAAGCGCGGAGAUGGUCACUGACGAAGGUGCUAUCUAUGUUACAUCAAAUAGGGGAUAUAACUGGAAGGCUGCAGUUCAGGAGACCGUUUCAGCUACUCUGAAUAGAACAGUUUCUAGUGGUAUUAGUGGUGCAAGUUAUUAUACAGGAACCUUCAAUACUGUUAAUCGGUCUCCAGAUGGAAGGUAUGUUGCUGUCUCCAGCCGCGGCAACUUCUAUAUGACAUGGGAGCCUGGUCAGGCAUUCUGGCAGCCACAUAAUAGAGCUGUAGCAAGAAGGAUUCAAAACAUGGGAUGGAGAGCUGAUGGGGGUCUUUGGCUUCUUGUUCGUGGAGGGGGGCUUUAUCUCAGCAAGGGAACUGGGAUAACUGAGGAUUUUGAAGAAAUCCCUGUGCAAAGUCGUGGUUUUGGCAUUCUUGAUGUUGGUUACCGCUCUCAGGAGGAGGCUUGGGCAGCAGGGGGCAGUGGAGUGUUGUUGAGAACCACCAACGGAGGCAAGUCAUGGAUUCGAGACAAGGCAGCAGAUAAUAUUGCUGCAAAUCUCUACUCAGUGAAGUUCAUGGAGGGAAAUCAAGGGUUCGUUCUAGGAAAUGAUGGAGUUUUGCUACGGUACCUCGGUUAAUGUGCUCCACGUAUUGAGCUCAAUUAUAACAUGUUUGUAGGUUCAAAUGAGCGACGAUGCAGUUUAGGGUGCUCUCAGACACUUUCAAUACACUCUGUUCUGCAGAGACGGGGAAAGCUGUGUGUGUGAUAAAAAAGAGGAAUUUGUGUAUAUCUAUCAUGUAGUAUUAUUACUGUCUUAGCAAACCAGA